CGAUUAAUCGUCCACAUGGUUCUUCGGCUUGCCGGGAGAAUCGUCCAGCCAAUGAAUAUGCGGCACGCAUGCUGUCCUUGCCACAUUAAGGUUUCGCGGUGGACGAUUUCCUAUUUGUCCGGACUUUCGAAGACGAUCGAUCCUCCCUGGUAUUUCUUAGGGUUUCCUGUCUUCUUCAGUCGUGCCUCUCGUUCACAUUCUUUUAGAAGUGGAAUCAAGCGUGAAAAUGGCGGAUGAUAUUUGAUACAUUUUCCUUCCAUCUUCGUUUUCCGUAACUUUUGUCUUUGAACACCUGCUUCGCUUUUUUCAGGCUGUUGUUUCGCUUCAACUUUCUCAUUAAGUUCCUUCUUCCUAUCACCGUCAAUCCCAAAAGCAGGCGCAACGCUGUGGCCCUUUUGAACUUGCCCAGACACAAGGCGAAAACUUAGAAGAUUGAAUGGUUGUUAUUUGGCAUAAUGAUAGCUAAAGUUUUUCAUUUGUUGUAGACAGAGAUGGAUGUCUCUGCUCUUUUAACUUCUGUUAGCAUCAACAUAUGCGUGUGCGUGCUCCUGUUGUCAUUUUAUUCUAUUUUAAGAAAACAGCCGGGCAACGUGAGUGUGUACUUUGGCCGGAGGCUUGCUCAAGAGAAAAUUAAACUCAAUAAUUCUUUUCAAUUUGAGAGGUUCAUUCCUUCCGCAAGCUGGAUUGUUAAGGCGUGGGAAACAUCUGAAGAAGAGAUCUUGACAAUUGCAGGCUUAGAUGCUGUGGUCUUCCUGAGGAUACUUGUUUUCAGUAUUCGGAUAUUCUCCAUUGCUGCUGUAAUUUGCCUGCUAGUAGUUCUACCAUUGAAUUAUUUUGGGCAAGAGAUGGAACAUAAGCAAAUUCCUUUUGAGUCUCUGUAUGUAUUUACCAUUGGAAAUGUCGAGGAAGGAUCAAAAUGGCUUUGGGCCCAUUGUCUUGCAUUGUACGUCAUAUCUUUUUCGGCUUGUGCUCUUCUUUACUUCGAGUACAAGAGAAUCUUUAAAAUGAGGUCAGAAUAUAUUACUCGAUAUUCUUCCAGCCCGAGUCAAUUUUCAGUUCUUAUCCGUUCCAUCCCCUGGUCUGCAGAAGAAUCAUACAGUGAUUUAGUAAGGAAUUUCUUCACAAAGUAUCAUGCAUCAAACUACCUUUCACAUCAAAUGGUUUAUCAGUCUGGAACAUUUCAGAAACUAAUGAGUGAUGCAGAGAAGAUGUAUAAGGUGGUUUAUAAUUAUGGGUCAAACUCCAUCGAGAAGAAUUUUCGGCCAAGUCUGUUACAAUGUGGUCUUUGUGGAGGAAAAAUAAAUUCUUUCAAGAUGUUACCUUGUGAACCUGAGAAACGUAACCUUGAACAUUUGGGUUCAAGUAUAAAAGAUAAGGAAUGUGGAGCUGCUUUUGUUUUUUUCAGGACUCGCUAUGCUGCUGUUGUUGCUUCACUUGUCCGUCAAUCUUCAAAUCCUAUGUUAUGGGUCACUGACUUGGCUCCAGAACCACAAGAUGUUUAUUGGUCAAAUCUUUGUAUCCCCUAUAGGCAGCUUUGGAUUCGUCGGAGAGUAACGCUUCUGGCCUCAUUUGUUUUCACCAUUUUAUUUUUAAUUCCUGUCACAUUGGUACAAGGUCUGACUCAACUGGAGCUGCUACAGCAGCAGUUCCCAUUUCUGAAAGGUAUUUUAAAAAAGACCUAUAUUAGUCGGCUGGUUACAGGAUAUCUACCAAGUGUGAUAUUGCUGUUAUUCCUGUACACUGUCCCUCCUGUGAUGAUGUUUUUUUCGGCUGUGGAAGGAUCAAUAUCACGUAGUGGAAGGAAAAAGAGUGCAUGCUGCAAAGUCCUCUACUUCACAAUCUGGAAUGUUUUCUUUGUUAAUGUGUUUUCUGGAUCUGUCAUAAGCCAGGUGGAAAAAUUCAUCUCUAUGCCAAAAUCCAUACCUGCUGAACUUGCUACAGCUGUACCAAGGCAGGCUACUUUCUUCACUACUUAUAUUUUAACAUCAGGUUGGGCAGGGUUGGCCUGUGAAGUUGUGCAAAUUUUCAAUCUGUUCUGCAGCCUGUUUUAUAGAUUCAUACUCAGAAGCAAUGAUGUUUCGUUCUUCAGUGCCCUAUCUUUUCCAUACCACACAGAAAUUCCAAGAGUUCUUCUGUUUGUACUUCUUGGCUUCACUUGUUCAAUCCUGGCUCCUCUAGUAUUGCCUUUCUUGCUGGCCUACUUCUUUCUAGGGUAUGUUGUGUAUCGUAACCAGAUUCUUAAUGUGUAUCUGUCAAGGUAUGAGACCGGUGGACAGUAUUGGCCUAUUGUACACAAUGCCACAAUCUUCUCAUUGGUGCUGAUGCAAAUAAUAGCACUUGGGGUUUUUGGAUUAAAAGAAUCACCAGUUGCAUCAGGGUUCACCAUUCCACUGGUGAUAUGCACACUACUUUUUAACGAGUACUGUAGGCAGCGGUUCCAUCCCAUUUUUAAGAGUCCUUCUGCAGAGGGAGUUAUUGAGAUGGAUCAGCAAGAUGAACAGAGUGGGCGGAUGGCAUUGAAUCAUCAAAAUCUGCAAUCAGCUUAUUGUCAGUUGACACUGGACUCAAGUAGUCCCUUUUGUAAGAGUUCUUCUGCGGAGGUUCUCAUUGAAAUGGAUCAACAAGAUGAGCAGAGUGGGCACAUUUCAGAAAUUCAAGAACAACUGCAAUCAGUCUGUUGUCAGUUAACACUGAACUCGCAUAUGCAUAGUUUCUGUAAAGCCGAGGAUUUCAAUCAUUCUGAAGAUGCAGACAGCAUCCAGGAUCCAGGGUACAAGAAGCCAGGAGAUGGAGCCAACCAAUUUAGCAAAGCAUGGGCCAGGUUGAGAAGCAAAGAUGCCAACGAACUGUAGAAUGAGCUGAUUCUUGUGUAUAUAAGUUUCUCUUCAAUAUUGUUUCAUACCUUACCACCAUGAUUUUGAUGGUGCCUUGACAAAAGUAAUUGGAUAGAUAGUGAUACUUGCUGGAAACUGUUUCUUCGCAUUAUACAAAUGAAUACCUCAAGCCAGAUUUGUAGAAUGUCUGCUCAUGUCAUCAAGUGAUCUGUGUUCGGAUC